AUGUAUGGGGCAGUAACCACGACGGAUGAAGAUAUGAAGAUUCAGUCGGCCUACUUAAAAGAUAGCGUGCGAGAUAGCAAAGUGCUUUACAACAUCGUUCAUCCAAGUUUUCACGAUCCGUUCCGUUCUGUAGCUUUGAAAUGGAGACUUUACGAAGAAUGCGACUACGUGUCACUCGACACAACAGGAAUGACUAAACUCUGUGGAUAUGAAAGGAUAGGAUACAGCAUUUCACACUCCGUAGCUCUUCCAGAAAUUCCAAGCUUCGAGAAGACGCACAACAUUGAACGAGGAAACAUGUCCGUGUGUACAUUGUACCGCCAAAAAACACCAAGUACCGUGGAAUGUUACGUACGCGGAUUCUUUGACCUAAAAGCGAAAAAGGAAGUGCUUAAGAACAUUUCUAUUCAAACAAUUGCGACGCAGUGGUCGGCUUUUACACGAAUGAGCACAUUUGCUCUCGCAAAGAAGCUAUCCUGGAAGACGUCGACCAGCAACUGCGAACAUAUGUGGUAUUUGCCAUCAAACCUCAGCCUUUAUCAUGUGUAUCCGACGGACCUGUACGAGCUGCAAGCUGCCAGUCUGCUCGAAAUGCGUUGA